UGUCAGUCGGAUGGUUGCGUUUUUUCUCGUCUGCACGUCUCAGGAGGAGUGACCGAUGGAUAUGUUAUUUUUACUUUUUAUUGUCUGUGUGACUUUUACAGGUGUGUCUGAAGGAGCUGGUGUGUUGCCAGAUGAUUCUCUGAAUGCAGCUGUGGGAGGUUCAGUGAUGUUCACCACAACACUGAGUCCACCAGGAACACCAUUUCUGUCAGUGACCUGGGCCUUUGGAGUUAAGCAGAUAAUAACCUCACAUAUUUCAAACUUCACUGAACCAGAGUAUGAAGGCAGGAUCACCCUCUUCAGAUCUACUGGAUCUCUGGAGCUGAGGAAUUUGACUGUUAGUGACAGUGGAGAAUACGGAGUGACUAUUACACCAGCUGAUGGAGUUGCUGUGUUAGGACAAACCAGACUGGAAAUACAUGUGCCUGUGUCCAAUGUAAGAAUAACUGCCAGCAGCACAGACUUGGUGGAGUUCAACAGCUCUGUCAGUCUGUCCUGCUCCUCCUCUGGAUCCUCCCUCUCUUUCCUCUGGCUGAACGGCAGCUCUGAGGUUACAGCCAGUGAGAGAGUUCAGCUCACUGAUGGAAACUCCACUCUGUCUAUAUACAAUGUGACCCGCUAUGACCAGGGACCAUUCAAGUGUCAUGUUUUCAAUCUGGUCAGUGAUGGCACCAGUGGUCCAGUAAACCUCUCCAUCAGCUUCGGCCCUGAAAAUAUAAAUUUGAAGCUGCUUCCAUCACAAGACCACUAUGAGGAGGGGUCAAACAUCAGCCUGUCCUGCUCAGCUGUCUCCAGACCUGCUGCUCAGUUUCAGUGGUUUGUGAAUGGAGACCUGCUGUCUGAUACUGGACCAGAGCUCAGACUGAUGAACAUUCAGGAGAGUCAGAGUGGAAACUACAGCUGUCAGGCCUUUAACAACGUAACUAUGAGAUAUCAAACAUCUCAACCUUCAGUCAUCUUUGCUCUAAAGAGAAUAUCAGGUGCUUCUGUGAAAUCAUCAACAAACCAGUCAGUUGAGGGAAACUCUGUCAACUUAACCUGUGAAGCUUCUGGCACUAUCUUUACCAGAAAGUGGAGGAAGGAUGGCUCAGAUCUGAUCCUGAAUGACAACAUGAUACUUUACAACAACAACAGAGUGCUGUCUUUCCAACCUCUAAAGAGACCAGACAGUGGAGAAUAUUCCUGUGAUAUCAGCAACCCUGUCAGUAGUGAAGAAGCUAAAUACAGCAUGGUUGUUAACUAUGGACCAGAAAAUGUUCAAAUCAAAGGUCCAAGAGAAAUGACUUUGACACACACCUUAAAAUUAAACUGCUCUGCUGAUUCCACACCAACAGCUAUUUACACCUGGAAACUGAAUGACACAGAGAUACUCAGCAAUUCUGCUGUGUUCACUAAAAAAGUCAGUGAACUUUCUGACAGUGGAAACUACACAUGUGAAGCAACGAAUCAUAUAACUGGGAGAACAUCAUCUGCAGUGCAUGGAUUGUCUGUAACAGUCAGUCAACCUUCAAGCUGUUCGGCUGGUUGCAUCGCUGGAAUAGUAAUCGGUUGUUGUGUCUUUUUUGGAGUUAUUAUUCUUUCGGGGUUCUGCAUUUAUAAAAAAAAAAAAGAGGCAAAAAAAUCUAACUCUAAUAGAAACACUGGCACCAGCACACGAGAUGAAGGCAAGAGCAACGCAGCAUACUCAGGAAGUCAGGAGCUGAACUAUGCAGACAUCAGGUUUUUCCAGAACAGAGAUGGUGGGACCGUCCAGCUGGGGUUACAGAAUAACUCAUCAGAAUACUCCCAGGUCCGAGCAAACAACAGGCCUCCAACAGCGUCCUCCCCCCCUACCUAUGAUGCCCACAUGCAGCGAAAGAAGACUCCUGCUCCUCAGCCUGGUGCUAAUGGUGAGCAAACUUAUGCUUAGGGCCGCAGGAACUGAUCAUGUUGGAUAUGAUGUUGUCAGAGUAAUCUGCACUUCCCUCUCAGUUCCUUAUGAGGGCUAAUUUGGACUUCAGUUCAUGGAGUCAAAGAAAUACAGCAAUAGUUAAUAAUCAACCUCCUCUAACAGUUGUUGCCAUGACGGAGGUCAGAAGGCACAGUCAUGCCCUGUGAGUUUGCAUAGACUAUGUAUAAUAGGUGUCCUGUCCUUUUGCUCUGCAUUUUAUGUGCACAGUCAAUCAAAACUUCAGUUAUCUUAGUGAAAAUUUUCUCUGUAUGUGAGUCAGUUGCUUGCAUGGUCUGGUGUAAUUUUUGAUUCCAUGUGUAUAAAGUGUGACUUCAGUUGAGAUUCCAGUUUGCAGCUUGAAUUAAUUCUUGUAUUUAUUUAAUAUCAUAAGAAAAAGUUUCGUUGUGAAAAAUAGCAGUUGGACCAAUAUAAUAUGUAUUUAGGACUAUGUAUGUAAUAAUAUAUGGUACAUUUAAGUGAUAUUUGAUGCUCCAAACUGAUGGAGUUUGUUCAUUUGUCAUUUGGAGAGAUUUUUUUGUCAUCUGUCACACCUGUCGGGAGCAGUUCAAAGAUCAACAGAAAUUGUAAUUUGAUUUUUUAAUCCCACAAAGAGCACAAUAAUCCAACACAAUAGCAUGGAAAAACAAGUGAUAACAAAGAAUUUCCCCCCAGUUGCACAUUAACUACAGUAGAAACAACAGUUUAUAACCAAAGUUGACAUUAUCUCCAUGGCAUGUGGACACUGUGGCCUAAUUCAGGACAAGCUUACAUGAAAUGUUAGGAAAAGUUGCUAUGUCAGCUUACCUAAAAGCCUCAAAACAACAGGGUAGAAAGUCAGAUAAGUGAAAUAGUGUGUAGAAAAGAGAAGCUGGUUUAUGCACCACAUGCCAUUUUGUACAGAUAAUGAUAUCAUAUUUAGAUUAGCAUUAAAUACAGCAUGUUUGACAUUUUGAAAAAAGGAUUAAUUUAUUAUUAAGGCAAAACACUGCUUCUUGGGAAAGUUCAGUUUGUAGCUGUUAGAUGUCAGAGCUGGAAAUGCCAUGACAAAGGACUAAAUCAAGAGUGUUACCAUAAUUUUUAUAAAUGUUAUUUUUGCUGAACACGCUGAGUGAAUUGCAAACUUACAACAACUAGAAAUGGGAACUAUAUUAUCAUGUUGUAUCAGGAUAUAGUGCAUCACAUGGAAAUCAUAUUUGUUAAUACUGGGAAUACAUUUUAGGCAACAAAUAAGGACAUCUUAGUCCACUGAGCAACUAAUAAUCGGACAGCUAUGGGGAUGGCUAGAAAGCCAAAAGUAAAUUCAAUGAAGAUGCAUUUGGCUUGAGUUUAAAUACUAAAUUUAAUUUAAAAAAUUGAGCCACGUGCUGCUUGCCAACAUACACAACACAACAAAUCAUUUGCCAGCAGGCAGUUUUGUAGCCAAGCAUCACUUAAACAAUAAAUGCAUGAUUUAGUGGUGUGGAAAACACCUGUUUGGUUAUACAUAUAUCAUCCAUUAACAUUCAGAUAGGUGUAGUUCAAGAGCAAGGCUUCGCAGUUAAAGGCAGAAAGUAAUUUGUCAGGACUUAGGCACCACACAAACCUCAGAUCAGUGCCUUCUACUUUGUUUGAGUGUUGACUCACAGUCACAGUAGUCUUCUGCUCACAACAAUCAUGUUUUAGUGUUGCACUGUACAUUUUAUUGAAUCAUGCUGUAUACACAGUUUCUGUUUUGGUUAUUGUUGGCCAUCUGUAUGAAACAAUGACUCAAUGAGAAGAGGCUGCCUCCCAACCCGAGCUCUUGAAUCUGAGCGUUUGUCCAGGUUUUCCGUGCCUCAUUAGUUAGUCUUUACUAAAGAUCAAAGUCCUUGUUAGUUAUUCACAUUGCUGAUUUGUCUUACACUAAAAGUGUUGUUUCACAAACCUAACUUUUCAGCUCCUCAAAUGUGUUUUAUCAUAAUUUGUUUACCAGCAGCCUUUCCGCACUCUUGUAUACACCUGACCAUCGCUUUUUCUUUUAUUUGUGACCAAAGUGAAUGUGUGAUGGACGUUUGAUUGCUGUUUUGCCAAAGAAAUAAUCCAGUGAAUGUAACUGCCAG